UUGUUGAACCACUGAGGAAGUGUGACCCACAGCAGGAGAAGAGCUUCCAUAAGUGGAUCAUCGGGAAGAUCGACAAUAAGAGAGACCGCAACGUGUAUACUGGGACGCACGGUGUGGCAUGGUUCUUACAGUUGCACACAGUCCAGACUUGGCUUUGGGAUUCGCAUAUUGAUGCCGCUUUGCACAUGCUAUGCCGCCGACGCCACUUUUACCAUGCUGCAUUUCGGCAGGAUGCUGCGAUCAUGAACACCACCUUCCCCCGGGUGUGCCUAGGUCGUUGGAAUCAUUACAUAGAGACCGGCACUAAGUAUACAUGGGACGACGAUGUGCUGAGAAUGUUGAAGGGCGAUGAUAAUCAAUUCCUUGUAUCAUGGCAAAAUGUGAGUGAAGUAUAUUUUGCCUUGCACAUCGAGAAAGCCGCACAUUGGAUCGCCAUUGAAGUCUCCAUUCCAACGUGGUGCAUCAACAUUUAUGAUUCCAAACAUAGCGUGCUCAGUCCCGCUCUGAUGGAGGAAGCGAUCAAGCCUUGGUGCUUAUUGUUGCCUUCAUUGUUAUGGUGUUCUGGCAUGUUUGACGACCAUGAGGACCUCCAGGUAUAUCCUGAGCAGAAUGCAAAGCCUUUCUCAUAUUGUCGUAUUCCUCCAGAGGAGUGUCCUCAGACUAAGACAAGUGGGGAUUGUGGUAUGUUUGCCAUCAAACAUAUCGAGCAUCUGGUUGCCAGGCUACCACUCGAUACUGUUAUCGAUGAGAACAUCCAGCAUUUCAGGACCAAGUGGUGUGUGGACCUGUUUUAUCAGAAUUUGGCCCCGUGA